AUGCUUACCCCAUAUUCAUGCGAACCAUCGAUGCAAGUCAGCCAGGAACCGGCUCAGUUUUUGUCACCUGCCUCUAGUAAUCCCGAAGUUGCACAGCAUCAGUCCCUUGAACAGGGCCAAGAUCAAGUGCUUCGAUGGAAGCCACCGUCAACCCUCUGUUCGCCAGCGAGGAAGAAGAACAGCGUCUCGCGAACCCUUAGUCCGUCGUCGCCUCCAGAAGCAACCCCCGCCGAAACACAAGACCAGCAAGAGAAAGCCCAGGCUCACCGCCGCAAAAUCAAGACUCAAUCAAGACUGAAGGCAAAAACAACCUGGCAAAAUCUUAAUGCAGACCUUGCUGCCCAGUUCAGGUCGCUGGGGGAGCAGAUUCUUGGGCUGAGGAACCAACUGCUGGUUCAUGCGCGCUGUAAUGGGAGCAUCGCCGAGUGUUUAACGCAAACUGCAGACAAGAUAGUUGCAACGGCUGAACAGCAAUUUCAGCACAGCAGGAGUUGUCAAACUUGUUCCGUCCCUACUGUAUCGGCGGAGACGACCGCAGCGUUUGUUGCUAACGAGGAGGAAGCUUAUCAGGACGAAGCUUGACGACCUUUUCGACGAAGCACGAGAUUGCGAUGAUAUGUUUUCCACCACAAUAAUAUACGAGGUGUUGGUUAGGGGUAGGUGUACUGGAAAGCUGGCUGCUAGGUCCAAAAAAUGAUACCCCCGAAAGCGAUUGGAUGUUAGAAUGGUGUUUUUGGGAAGCAUGUUGAAGGCUUUUCUCGGGAUUGUUUGCUUUUUGUUAGGGGUUCUUCGGUAUAACACGCUUUGUUUGGGUUUUUCUCAUUGGCUGUGAGCGCUUCGACGGCUCGAGUCUUGCGCUGGGUCUUUCAAGAUGAUAAAACUUCUAUAAACUCAUGCAAAAAUUUCUCGGACCACAGAUUAACCAUAACCUGAG